AUCGUAAACCAAAAACGAACUCAACACACCUGGUUCGCACUUAUUUUUGCUAGCAUUAGAAAAUAUUUGUGCCGCUACUGCCUUUUCAAUCAUCUGCUUUAAAUCAGCUGUUUUAUUAUCAAUUUUUAUUUUUAUAUGUUUGUUUUUGUAUCAUCUUUUGGUUUGGUGUAAGUUGAAAAUUUAAUAGUUCAGUAUUAACCGGCUUUUGACCCGUGAAGGGGAGAUAUUUUAUCAACAAUAACAUUUCGUAAUUCUGUACCUGCAGUGAACUAUCUUAUCAUACCAAAUGUUACGGGAAGCAUUUUCAUGAUGACAACAGCACUUACCAAAAAAAGAAUAAAGCUGUGUGUAAUUGCUUUAGUAGUGCUAUUAAUACUUGUUUAUUUUUAUAAAACACUUGUGUUAACAUCAUCACUAGCGCAAACAUUUCCACUUUCAGCGAGAAACAAAGAAUACAAUGACAAUUAUGAAGUUUCACAGCAACUUAAUAGUCCCACCGAUUUACAAAACGACUUACAUGCGAUAUAUGAAAAUCAACAAAAAUUACUACGUCAACAGCGUAUCGAAUUACAAAAAGCACAGGAACAGUUGUCAAGAAUGGAAGAAAAAAUACGCACCUUGGAGGCUACCUCACCACGAAAAUAUCAAAAAGUUAAAUAUUUGAAUUAUAAGAAUCGUAAACGUAUACUCAUCACUGGGGGCGCGGGUUUUGUUGGCUCACAUUUGGUAGACACGCUUAUGAUACAAGGCCACGAAGUUAUUGUGGUGGAUAAUUUCUUCACUGGUCGUAAGCGAAAUGUGGAACAUUGGUUGGGUCAUGAAAACUUUGAAUUAAUUCAUCACGACAUUGUUAAUCCAUUAUUUAUUGAAGUAGAUGAAAUUUAUCACUUAGCCUCACCAGCUUCACCACCACACUACAUGUACAAUCCUGUGAAAACAAUUAAAACAAAUACGAUGGGAACCAUCAAUGUGUUGGGAUUAGCCAAGCGUGUUAUGGCUAAAGUUUUAAUAGCUAGUACUUCUGAAGUUUAUGGUGAUCCAACCGAACAUCCUCAAUCAGAAACUUAUUGGGGUCAUGUCAAUCCAAUUGGGCCACGUGCUUGCUAUGAUGAAGGCAAACGUGUAUCUGAAACAUUAAGUUACGCUUAUGCAAAGCAGGAAAAGGUACAAGUGCGCGUGGCGCGUAUCUUCAACACAUAUGGACCACGUAUGCAUAUGAAUGAUGGACGAGUGGUUUCCAAUUUUAUACUGCAAGCUUUGCGAAAUGAAACAAUUACAGUUUAUGGCAAUGGCAAGCAAACGCGAUCAUUUCAAUAUGUUACAGAUUUGGUGGAUGGCCUUAUAGCACUGAUGGCUUCCAAUUAUACACAGCCCAUUAAUUUGGGCAAUCCUGUAGAACACACCAUUGAAGAAUUCGCUGUGAUAAUCAGGCAAUUGGUUGGUGGAAAAAGUGAGAUAAAACAAUCUGAAGCAGUGGAAGAUGAUCCACAACGUCGUAAACCAGAUAUUACACGGGCCAAACGUUAUCUGAACUGGGAACCGAAAGUACCAUUGAAAUCUGGACUGCUUAAAACUAUAAAUUAUUUUCGAAACGAAUUGGAGAGAUCGGAUCGAUUUCAAGAGAAUUCAAAGAAAUAUUUUGAAUCACCAGAUAUAUUACGUAGUCAGAGUAGAUAUAUAUUUAACCCUGGUAAUGUUUAGAAGCAAUCUACUUAGAAAUUUUUUAUACACAAAAUUGGUUAGUAAUU